UCAUGGGGAUGUGGUCAUUGUUUUAUCUUCUAGGUGGAAAACUCAGGCAAAUGUGUAAUCUGCCAGGAUGGAGGAAAGCUCGUUGGCUGUGGUACUUGUCCCAGAGUCUUUCAUGAGGGCUGUCACCUCCCACCUGUGGAGACUAGAAGGAAUGCUUGGAAGUGCACAUACUGCACAAUAGGAAAUCCUCCAAGCCAGCAACAUGACAGUGAAUCUGAAGUCCUGGUGAAGGUUAUGGGGUCUGAAGAGAAGCUGAAAUGUGCGUUCCUCCUCUUAAAUGUCUAUGGCCCUUUAGAGAGCAAAGUUUUCCCAAAUAUUCCACAUGAAAAUUAUGUUGAAGAGGCUUCUCGAUGUCUAAAGAAACUUAGGAAGUUGGACGAAAUCAAGGAGAAACUAAAUAAGGGAGACUACGCCCGUGUGGGAUAUUUUGUUCUGGCCAUGAAUGAAUUCUUUACUAUCCCCAGUUGCAAUGAUGCAGAAUUCACUAAGGAUGAUUUUAAGAAGACUUUCAAAAAACAGUUUGCUAUUCAGGAGACAAAUUAGAACAGUGCACUGAUGUAGUUGAUGCUGUUCGCAUCUUGAAAAGUCCUACUUUCAGGCAGAUUUCUUUUUUUUCUUCCAUUGUUGUUCAAGUACAGUUUUCUUCCUUGCCCUCACCCCUUUCCACCACCCCAGCUCCCCCACCUCCU